CACACUCACACUCACACACACACACAGCGUCCCGUGCUGCUGGUCGGUGACUAACUUGUCAGUCGUCUUUUCCUCUUUGUUGCAGACACACAGCUCGUUACCAACCAAAGAUGAUGGACGAAGAAGCCACAAAGCGUUACUGUCGGAUGAGCGACGACGGACAGAAGCAGAAAGAAACUGAGCGAGGGAGUAAAGUUCAGGUCGGUCAGGAGGAGAGAGAGAUCACCGUCCUGCCGCAGAGGAAGACGGAGCGCCGGGACGACACCGGCGAGAUGGAGACGGCAGCAUCAGACUCGUCCUCCUGUUGUUCGUCUUGUAUCAGUCUGAAGGACAAAUGUCCUCGACCUCAGGGACUGAUCAGCCUGUUCAUCACCAAAGUGUGUCUGUUCGCUCUGCUGUUCGGUGUUGUUUGGUCCAUCACAGGAAGUGAGUGUUUACCUGGAGGGAACCUGUUCGGCAUCAUCAUCCUCUUCAUCUGCUCCGUGCUCGGAGGGAAACUGGUGGGAAUGAUCCAACUGCCCACGCUGCCCCCCUUCCCCCCGCUGCUUGGUAUGUUGCUGGCAGGUCUGGUGUUGCGUAACGUUCCCUACAUCACAGACGCCGUCUUCAUCAACACUCAUUGGUCAGCAGCUCUGAGGAACAUCGCCCUGUCAAUCAUCCUGACGAGAGCCGGGCUGGGCCUCGACCCCUCAGCGUUGCGUCGUCUGAAGGCGGUGUGUGUGCGUGUUGCAAUCGGCCCCUGUGUGGUGGAGGCCUGCGUCGUUGCUGUGGUGUCUCACUUCCUGCUGGGUCUGCCCUGGGUCUGGGGCUUCAUACUGGGUUUUGUCCUGGCUGCUGUGUCUCCAGCAGUCGUCGUCCCUUCGAUGCUGCUCCUGCAGAGAGAGGGCUACGGGGUGGAGAAGGGAAUCCCCACCCUGCUGAUGGCUGCUGGGAGCUUUGAUGAUAUUUUGGCCAUCACAGGUUUCUCCACCUGCCUGGGCAUCGCCUUCUCCACAGGUUCUACGUGGAUGAACAUACUGAAGGGUCUCCUGGAGGUGGUGGGAGGGAUCAUAGCUGGGCUGAUCCUGGGUCUGUUCCUGUGCUGCUUCCCCAGCAAAGACCAGGAGGACCUGGUGCUGAGAAGGACUCUCAUGUUACUGGGUCUGUCCAUGUUUUCCGUCUUCUUCAGUCAUGUUAUUGGUUUUGCUGGUGCUGGUGGUCUCUGUACACUGGUGCUGGCCUUCCUGGCUGCUCUGGGCUGGAAAACCGACAAGGCCCCGGUGGCCGCCAUGGUGGGACGGUCAUGGGAUGUUUUCCAGCCUCUCCUGUUUGGCCUGAUUGGAGCAGAGAUCACCAUAGCAACCCUCAGUCCCAGCACCGUUGGUCUGGGUCUGGCCUGUAUCGGUGUCGGCCUGGUGAUCCGUCUGCUCGUCACCUUCCUGCUGGUUCACUUCGGAGGAUUCAGCCUGAAGGAGAAACUCUUCAUCGCUGUGGCCUGGCUGCCUAAAGCCACCGUACAGGCUGCUAUCGGCUCCAAGGCCCUGGACAUGGCGAGGGAGGAGGGCGACGACACCUUAAUAAAGUUUGGAUUGGAUGUGCUAACGUUAGCCGUGUUAGCCAUCCUGACCACGGCUCCCAUUGGAGCGCUGGGUAUCGGGCUGGCAGGGCCCCGCCUCCUGGCCCGGCAGGUCAAAGCAGAUGAAACAGAGGGUGAAGCCUCGAGUCCAAGCAGCAACGGGAUUGGUCCAGAGAAAGAUCACGUGACCCUUGAAAGCAAGCUAUGAGGCCUCUGAUUGGACAAACUGAAGAAACCUCCAGCUCUCUUUAUGUUUAUGUACACUCUACGCAGAUACGCUGUGUUUACAUGUACUGUAUGUCUUUUAUGCUAAUACUAGUUUGUGCGAGCUAAUGUCACUAACAAAGUGUUCAGCUGCUGAUGUGCUAAUGCUGCUGUGGCUAACAGGAUGAGAGGGUGAGAGGAUGACAGGAUGACUGAUGGGAUGAGAAAUCACUUCCUGUUUCAUUUGUCUGUGUAACUAUAAAACUUAUUUCCAACAGAAAAAAGUUAUAAAUAGAAACAAAAUAGAAUCUGUGUGAAGAGUCUGUGAAAACUACAGCGAGUUAAACUUUGAUUUGUUUGUAAGAUGAAGAUUCUUCAUGGGAAACAUAAACAGGAAGUAGGUUUUUAUAUGUUAUAUGACAAAAAGUCAAAUUUAAGAUAAAAUGAUCCAAAAACUGAAAUGAAAACAUGAUAUUUACUGUCAACACUAAACCCACUCUGCUUCAGAGACAUGUUGGAUUCAUAUUCUCUGCAGACUGUUUCCUGUCAUAGCUGUAACCUGCUGAGCACAGUAUCCACUAACUGUCUGAAUCUGAACGCAUCGGUCAGAGGUCGUGGAUCAGCUUCCAGUUAUUAUUCAUUAUUUUAGUUUGUGUAACUCUGUGACUGUGUGUUGUGUCGGUGGACUGCAGAACAGGCCGGGUGGCAGUGGCUUUAGCUUACAUGCUAAUCUGAUGUCUCAGGCCUGAGUGUGGACGGUGUCCAAACCUUUGUAUUUUCCACCAUUACUGUUUAAUUUUUUCUGCUGUCUGAUGAAAUAAAACGUGACAGAUCAUUAAAGCGUUCAGCGUCUGUGUGACUGACAGAGCAUGGACUCGUCCACAGUCAGUCACUCCGUCCACAGUCUGAACGCAGCAAACACAAAGUUUAUGUUUCACUAAAAACUUUUCACUUUCACAGUGAAACAGGAAGCUCCUGCUUCAGCUGAUGCUUCCAGCUGUUGUAGUUUUUGAUGAACUUUGUGAAAAUGCAUCUGAAACAACACGAUGUAAU